AUGGCCCGAACUCCCAACAGAUCUGAGCAUUCGGAAAGGGAUGAACCGACGUCUUAUAUAGACGAGAGAAGCACCAGGGGCAGUGUGGGAAGCGUUGAAAGUAAUAAACCAUCACCUGGCCCCGACAUGCAAAAUCUGUCAUUCGUUACCGCAGAGCGCAUCCUACAGACACCACCACCAGUUAGACAGCGCAAACGUCUGAGAUUAGCUUUCACUCCGACAGAGGACGAACUUCUGUAUAACUAUGUGUUAAAGAAGCACGAAGAGAAUUACUGUAUCAAAGGCAUGGUGAUAUACCAAGCGCUUGCACUUGAGCAUCCUCGUCACACUGCACAUGCGUGGCGAGACAGAGCUAUUAACCGUAUUGUUCCAGUACUCUUGGCCCAAUCCCCACGUAAACGAGAUCAUACCAGGAAAGCUAGCAGAUCCAAAUUCACCGUCGAAGAUGACCAGUUUCUUUGCGAUUGGAUUAUUAAAAAGCGACAAGAACGGGAAUCCAUCGCCGGGAAUGCUAUCUACCGAGACUUGGCUGAGGAACAUGAACAACACACAUUUCACUCAUGGCGUGAUCGGGUAUUGAGAGUUAUCAUUCCUCAGUUAAAGAGAAGUGGCCAAUGGCCUGAGGAUAAUACGGUGGCUGUUGAAGACGAAAUGACGAGGCAAAGAAAAUAUGAAGAGGACAGACAAAAGGGUGAUUGUAAUAAUGAUAGUGAUAGCAGUGAUGACAUCGCGGAGAGAGUUAAGAGAAGAAGGGGGAAAAUGAAGGAAGUCGGAAAUCAUAAUAGGGGUAGGAAUAAAGUUGAGAGCGAAACCGAAGAGGAAUGUGAGCAUGAAACAUGUGCAGAAGAACGUGUGAAAGCAAGUACGAGUCGCAGAGUAACGGUGAAGAUUAACAAGUAG